AAAUUCAUUAGGGUUUAUCGGUGGGGUCUGAGUAACUGUUUCGCGAGGAGAGUAACGACUCCAUGAUUCAGAGCAAAUACUCGAUUACUGAGCGGCAGCCGGCUCAUCUUCUCGAAGAAUCGAACAAGUCAUUUGCUUGCAUUGCCUCUAUCAUCUUAUUGAACCUUGGAUGAUUUCAUUUCCUCGAUUUUAAAUCAGAUAAGAUCUGUUUCUUCUUCGAAGGUAACUGCAGCUUCGUCAUCAUGUAUUCGUUGAUUCUCCAUGGAAGAAGGUUGAUUGAGUUUCAGAAAUGGCAUCCUUGGCCAAAUGUAUUGUCUAGUCUUUCCAACACCUUCUCCUCCGCUUCUCCCGCUUCUGAUGAUCAAAAAGGUAACACCUUUACCGUCGCUUACCUCGUAGAUUCUUUAGGUUUCACCACCAAACUCGCUGAAUCAAUCUGGAAGAAAGUCACCUCAGAGGCCAACAAGGGAGACCCAGACUCCGUUCUCAAUCUUCUCAAGAGCCACGGCUUCAGAGACUCUCACAUCUCAACCAUCAUCACAAACUACCCACGACUCCUCGUACUAGACGCUGAGAAAUCACUUUCUCCAAAUCUCAGCUUUCUCCACUCCAGAGGAGCUCCGACCUCCGAGAUCACUGAGAUCCUCUCGAAAGUCCCUAAAAUCUUGGGGAUGAAAGGGGACAAAGCAGUCGGGAGAUACUACGAUUUCGUCAAAGACAUCAUCGAAGCCGACAAGAGUUCCAACUACAAAAUGUCGUGUCUUUCUCCGCUGCCGGAGGGUUCUAGGCAGGAUAAUAUCAUCAGGAACGUGUUGGUUCUGAGACGACUGGGGGUACCUCAGAAGCUGCUCUUCUCCUUGCUCGUCUCGUGUUCCCAUAUUGUUAGUGGGAAAGAGAGAUUCGAAGAAUCGCUCAAGAAGGUUGUUGAGAUGGGUUUCGAUCCGAGGACCUCGAGGUUUGUGGAAGCUCUACGCAUUGUUUACCAGAUUAGCGACAAGACGAUAGAAGACAAGGUUAAUCUCUACGAAAGGUUGGGUUUUGCUAUGGAAGACGUGUGGGAGAUGUUCAAGAAGUAUCCGUUUCUGCUGGCGAUCUCUGAGAAGAAUAUUUUUAAAUCGUUUGAGACGUUUAUGCGGCUAGCGUUCACCAGAGAUGAGUUUGUGAGGAUGGUCAAGCACUGUCCUCAGACUCUUGGGUUGUCUUCGGAGUUGGUGAAGAAGAAGACCGAGUUUCUGGUGAACAACAUGAUAUGGACAAGAGAGGAUGUGGUUGCAAACCCUGCGGCGUUUGGAUACAGUUUGGAGAAGAGGAUUGUCCCAAGGGCUAAUGUGAUCAAAGCUCUCAUGUUGAAAGGAAGUGGUAUCCCUUCAGUUGGGUAUGUUUUGGUUUGUACAGACGAAGUUUUCUUAAACAGGUAUGUGAGGAAGCACGAGGACAAGGAGCUUGUAGCUGAAUUGAUGGCUAUCUUCACCGGAGAGUAGUACCGCAUAGAUCAUAAAGCCUGUCUAGGAUUUUGCUUCCGUUUACGAUUGGAAAAAAACACACUCAACAUUGGACUUGUGUAAUCUCGAUUUGAUCUGUACCCCUUCUCUCUACAUCCUUAAAAUUUUAAUUUUGUUCUCUC